ACACAGAGACACAGAACUAUCAAUUAUAUUUAGUUUAUUCCGCUGUACUCGGUGAUAUGUGAGCAGGCUCCGUGAAAUACCAUCCAAAUUAUAUACAUAAUAAUAUAUAUACAUAUGAAAUGACAAACUCAAGCACUGACAGUAGUGACUGUUGACAUAGUACGUACGUACUUGUAUCGCCUCUGGGUGAGAGAGGAAACUAAGAAGGAACUGGUGGCUGACUGCUAGUGAACAUUGUGUGUUGGUGUUGUUACGGUGCUCUAGCUCGCUCCGAGUUUGAGCUGAGUAGAGGAUCAGUAGCUUUCGGCUACAGAUCAGUGUAGCUAUUGCAGUCGCCCUGAAGAAGUAUAUAUCAAUAGCAAGUAUCAACAUCAUCAUCAUCACUUCCAACCAGAAUACACUUCCAAUAACAUUAAUAACAUCAUCAUUAUCAACAUCAGAAGAUAAAAUAAUUUUAUUUUAAUUAAAUACUCAGGUGACACUCGGCAAAUGUUUUAUGAAUUAACAUAAAAUUAAAAUACGUUGUGUUAUUCAGAUGGAGAUUAUUGGGAUUGGUCCAUUGCAGUGUCAUCAUGAUAGCCCUUGUCUCAGUUAAAGACACAGUGUUGUUAAGUCGGAACACUGUAUGGUUUAUCGGGUGACUUAGUUGUUGGCAUAGGGCUUAUUUUAUUGUCAAUGUCCAUCCGGGCUGGUGAGGAGGUGGAGGUACUCACCUCGUUGUCGUUGCCAUUCCCGCAAGGGUCCUAUCAACAAACGAAAAUAAUUAACGAGACAAUUGACAAGGCUUCACCCUCUUUGUUAUUAUUGUUCGUGUGGUUGUCAUACGGCGUUAACUUAUUUCGACAAUUUGUCAGCCAGAGAAGAUAAACUUGAUAUAUUUAUCCGGGAAGUCUACUGGAGAUAUUAAUGAGAGAUAAUUAAUACACCGAGAGAGCAUUAUUUAUUUCAAUAUCCCUAAUAAUAACAAUAAUUGUUAUUGUUGUUAUUAUUAUUAUUAAUAUUUUAUUGUUAUUUUGAAUAUUAUGUGGAUGAUAUUAUAAUAACAGUGAUUCGUUAUUUUAUAAAAUUGAGUAACGCCCUAGGCUAGGUUUUAUUUUAUCAAUACCUCCAUGGAUUAGUGAUUAUUUAUUUAAUAUUCUAUAAUAUUGACUCAUAUUGAGUUUCGUUGGCUUCCAAGUGCUUACGAGGCUAUUGUUGGGAGAAUUUCAGAUCUUAAAUAAAAAAUAAUUCUCUAGCAACUGGGAUUGCUUACACACCAAAGAUGAUGGCCAAUAAUAAACAACCCUCGAUAAACGCGGUGCAGACAAAACAAGUGGAAGUUUCACCCCAGCUGCAAGCAGGGGAGAAAUUUAUAAAAUGGGAUGAGGACUCCGGUGUGGGUACUCCAGUUACACUUAAAGUUGAUGAAUUUGGAUUUUAUCUGUACUGGAUUGAUCAAAAUAAUGAAGUCGAUAUGCUGGAUAUCGCUAUUAUACGAGACACCAGAACUGGAAAACAUGCUAAAGUACCUAAGGAUCCAAAGUUAAAGUCACUCGUGACAAUGGGCUCGCAAGACUCUUUAGAAGAUAAAACAUUGACCGUAUGUUAUGGAUCAGACUUUGUUAAUGUCCAAGUAAUAAACUUUUGCGCGAAUAAGGCGGAAAUAGUACGGCAUUGGACGGAUCAAUUAUUACAAUUGGCGUAUAAUUUAACUUUAUUAAAUAGUAGUGUCACUGCAUUUUUACAAAAGGCCCAUACAAAAUUAGUUCUGACUGCUGACAAAACUGGUAAAAUUUCGACAAAAAAUAUAAUAAAAAUGUUUACGACAAAUAAAGAGGAUCGAAAGCGCGUCGAAAAGGCACUUGAUAUUUCUUCUUUGCCAUCUGCCAAGACUGACGCAGUGCCGCUACAAAAGUUUCAAUUUAAAGACUUUUACAAUUUCUACAAGUCUUUAACCCAGCGCACGGAUGUUGAAAAAGUAUUUGAUGAAAUCGUCGGUGGGAAUAGCAAACGCCGAUUGAUGUCAACAUCACAAUUUGUUGAUUUUCUUAAUAAAUCACAGCGUGAUCCUCGACUCAAUGAAAUAUUAUAUCCGUACGCGAACGACGCUCGAGCUCGAGAUAUUAUCAAUCAAUACGAACCGGAUAAAAAUAACGCCAGCCGAGGACAAUUAAGUUCAGAUGGUUUUCUUAGGUAUUUAAUGAGUGAAGAUAAUCCAAUUGUUGCCAUGUCCAAGUAUGAGCUAGAUGAUGAUAUGGAUCAACCACUCGCUCAUUAUUUUAUCAAUUCUAGUCACAACACUUAUCUAACAGGCCAUCAACUUACUGGAAAAAGUUCCGUCGAGAUAUACCGGCAGUGUUUACUCUCAGGUUGUCGUUGCGUUGAAUUAGAUUUCUGGAAUGGAAAAUUUGACGAGCCUGUAAUAGUUCAUGGAUACACAUUUGUGCCUGAAAUAUGCGCUCGGGAUGUGAUCGAGGCGAUAGCGGAGAGUGCCUUCAAAACAUCCGAAUUCCCGGUUGUACUCAGUUUCGAGAAUCACUGCAAUCCGCGUCAACAGGCUAAGAUUGCUCAGUAUUGUAGGGAGUACUUUGGUGACAUGUUGCUUGAUGCUCCCCUUGAAUCGCAUAAGCUAUUACCAGGUCAUGAGCUUCCACCGCCGUCGCUACUGAAACGCAAGAUAAUAAUAAAGAACAAAAAGAAGCACCGUAAUCACAAGAAAGACCACAAGAAGCACCAGCAAGGAGAUCAGGCUGCUGAGGCCGGUCAAGUGGCCGAGACUAAUGGUGUCAGUCAGCAAGCUGACGGUGAGAACGGUCCACCACCUGACGUAAUCCCGCAAAAUGAAGUAGACGGCGAGCAGUCAAUUGGCAAUGACGUAUCUCAUAGUCCGGCAAUGCUCCCGCAGCGACAAGGUAGUAAAGACAGUAAUCCAGAUGAUGAAGAUGAUGAAGACGAGUCCAGUACCGAGGAAGAUGAAUCAAACGUUGAGGAUAUUAAACUGAGGAUGGACGAUAAGGUGGCAGCUACCGAUAAAGUUGCAUCUACCGCCAAAGAAACGGAAGCCGGGGCUGAAAUAUCAGCUCUCGUAAAUUAUGUACAGCCUGUGCACUUUAAUAGCUUUGAGAAUGCUGAGAAAAAAAAUCGUAUGUAUGAAAUGUCUUCGUUUGAUGAAAAGCAAGCGACAACUUUGCUCAAAGAGCGACCAUUGGAAUUUGUCAACUAUAACAAGCACCAACUAUCUCGUGUUUAUCCGGCCGGAACGCGGUUCGACUCGAGUAACUUUAUGCCUCAGGUAUUUUGGAAUGCCGGCUGUCAGUUGGUUGCUUUAAAUUACCAAACUCUCGAUCUAGCUAUGCAACUAAACAUUGGAAUCUUUGAGUAUAAUCAACGCUGUGGCUAUUUGCUCAAGCCGGAAUUCAUGAGACGUAAGGAUCGCCGCCUGGAUCCAUUCGCCGAGUCAACAGUCGAUGGAAUUAUUGCCGGUACUGUACACAUACACGUAAUAUCUGGACAGUUUUUGAGUGACAAAAGGGUGGGCACAUACGUCGAAGUCGACAUGUAUGGUCUGCCUGCGGACACUGUCCGCAAGAAGUUCAAGACUAAAAUAGUACCUAACAAUGGGAUAAAUCCCAUUUACGAUGAAGAGCCUUUUGUAUUCAAGAAGGUCGUGUUACCUGAGUUGGCGUCACUGCGUAUCGCUGCUUAUGAGGAGUCUGGCCGGUUAAUUGGCCACCGAGUUCUCCCCGUAGUGGGUCUUUGCCCGGGUUACCGGCACGUGACACUCAGGAACGAGUGCGGCCAGCCCCGUCCUCUAGCCAGUCUCUUUCUACAUGUUAUUGUUAAAGACUAUGUACCUGACGGAUUCAACGACUUUGCUGAGGCUCUUGCCAACCCGAUUAAAUAUCAGUGUGAACUGGAAAAGCGAGCUAAGCAAUUAGAACGGUUGAUGGACAUUGAUGAGCUCGAAGGGGAUUCCAAUGAUAAAGAUAAGGAUAAAGACAAGGAUAAAGAUAAAGAAAAAGAUAGAGAAAAAGAUAAAGAAAAGGAAAAGGAGAAAGAAAAAGUUGUUACUAGUGCUGCAAAGCCAACUGUGAGUUUUGAUGAAACAACAAAAGCAAAGAAAUUACAGCCUUCCGGCGAUUUAUCGGGUGCGUUACAGUUGUCAGAAAGUCCACACGGGCGAGCAUCAACUGCGGGCUUGGAAGUCCCAGAUACUCCUGAUGUGGAAGACGGAGUUGUGUCGUCAACAGUUUCGGUUGUUGAUGUUACGUCAAAUAAAAACGCGUCUGUCAUAGUUUCGAUUGGAGAUGGAAUUGUCGCGGAGCCAUUGGAAAAACUUAUGACUAACAAGCUUGUUUUGGAGAAAAAAGGAGAGUUUGAGAAAAAAUUUGAAUCUUUGCGUCGCAAGCAUGAAAAAGAGCGCUCGCGUUUACAAUCUGGGAAAGGAUCUGUUGACGGUGAAAAAUACAAAUCUAAAUUUUAUAAUAAUAAAUUGGUGAAACGACUUUCUACUAAAAAUAUAUUUUCCACUGACGUUGGUUUGAGUGUGACUUUGCCGGAGACGUCAGAGUGCCAGGAAGAGGGUGUCGAGGGACCUUCAAAAGGUCUUCCCAAGAGUCAAAGUGAACGGUUGUUAAACAUACUCAAAGAGCAUUUGGAUCAAGAAAAAGAACUACAAGAUAAAUACCAUGACAUUGUGUAUGCCAUGGUUGAAAAAGUUAUGAUAACAUCACAGACAAAUCAGAUGAAGACACUUAAAGUUCUUUUGGAAAGAGAAAUAAGCAGUGCCAUGAGAAGGUUACAAAAAUUACGACACCUCGAGGUGAAACAGUUGUCAAAAGUACAUAAAGAUAAGGCAGAAUUUGAUCGCAUGAAACGAGAAGUCGGUAAAACGACUAUUGAGAAGGGAGUUAAUGAAUGUAGCAGGCUGACGGAUAUUUAUGAUAAGAAGAAAGCUGAGCUUGAGUCGCAACACGAGGAAAUUCGCCAGAAACUUGAAGAGGAGAGAAAUAAGGUAAAGGCAGCAAUACAAGCCGAAUAUACUAGUAGUUACAAUAAAUAUGAGAGCGGUGAGCUAGCAUUAACGCCUUCAGCUAGCACAAGUUUUGCCGACACACUGAGUAAAACACCUUACUGACUCCCCCCGCAGGAUCGCGACCAGAUCCAUGAGCUAUAUCGCAAUCGACCUUUUCACGUCUAGCGUAUGUUGAGCGAACAGAUAAAGACUUUUUAAAAAUAGAAUAUUACAGUUUCGAGAACGGAAAUAUUUAAGCCGCGAAUGCUUUAAUGACAAAUGGUAGAAAA